CUCUUCGUUUGACAUAGAAUGAGCCUUAUCGCGGAGUUACGAAGUUCAAUGUAAUCAGUCGAUUUUUAGCCGCUUUCCAGCGUAUAGUUAAUUAGAGAUGCUGUGCUGGCAAAUAUACAUUUGGUUUUUCCUUCCGAUUGCAACCACUGUUGCAGUUCAUUAUGAAUGUCUCCCGUAUCCGGUUAGAUCCGUGUGCAAAAUUGAACACAUAUCCUAUCAUCCAGGCGACCAAAUUUCGUUUCCCGCGGGCUACCAGCAAUACCACAUCAGACUACCAAAAUCCAUGAGAAAGACCAGUUCCAGAGUAACACACUUUGACCAUCAGCUCUACGAAGCCAUGCACAGACCAACGAGCAUUGAAAUGAUUCGCGUGGGAUUGAAGGAGCUAAGCCUACCGACUAAACUGCUUCUAGGGGACUUUAGCAACAAUGAAAUCGAUUCAGUUAAUACUACAAACGAAGAUAAUUUUCACAUUACGUAUCUCGAUCUUUCGUCCAAUAAGUUACGCAACAUGAACUUUGUCAGUGCCUUAGUAAACCUGGAAAUACUGCACUUGGGGUUCAACUUAAUUAAAGUUAUUCCCAAUUCUGUACUGAGUACACUGACGAAACUCAAAUACUUCUAUCUGCAGCACAAUUAUUUUAUAUCCUCGAUUCCCUGGAACGAUAUACCACGCAGCACAAUCCAUUUGGAUUUCAACACGAAUAACUUAACAGAAGUAGUCCUUACCAACAUCAGCCUCCCGUCGUUGGAAUAUCUGAACAUUCGACACAACACGCUUUUAAAGUUCAACGUAACGGAGCUGCUACGGGCCGCCCCCAACCUCAAAGAAGCAUAUCUUUUAAACAGCGACUUAGGCGAGAUACAGAUGCGUAAGAUUUAUGCUGAGCUAACGGCCAACAACGUCACCUUCAAAAGCCCAUUCAAAGAGUGUGAGUACGACGAGGAGUCUGAUAUGCCGUAUGAAGCUUGCAUGACAUCGUACCAAAAAGAUUCAUCCUCGAAAAUUUCCUUGCAAACUGUAUUGCUGUACCUCGUGCUAGUAGGAAAUGUAGUUGUUUUUAUGUGCAUUGUACUGCUAGUAUUCAAGCUCAUAAAUCGAAACCUUAUCAGAUAUCUACAGUAACCAAAGAAGAAAAUAGUCAGAUAAAGGAAGUACAAUA